AUGACAAAUACUAACGUUGCUGCUACUAAGCCUACCCUCCUCCGUGCAUGGUGGAUGAACAAGAACCUACGAUUGGAUCUUGCGAUGAGUAGCAUCAUUAUGAUCCUCAACAUUGAAGCUAUGUUUUACAUGAGAACACACAAGGUUGUUCCCCUUGACUUAGGAAGUUCUGGACUUUUGCCACUUUUCGUUCCAUUCUAUAUCCUUUUCAGCCUAAUUAGUUGCAUAUGUUGGGUUUCGGGAAUUACGGAUGUGAAUUUCUGUGAAGGAGGCUACGCUUGUGGACUCGUCAGUCACAUCUUUGGCUUGUGUGUUUUUGUUAACCUCCUCUAUCAUAUUUCUCCACAAUUGGCUCUAUACGUGGGUAUAAACUUGGGACUUUGUUUGCUAUGGUUAGUAGCCAUCAUGAGUGGACCGUAUCUAUGGUAUGGAGUGCAAGCAGUACGAGGUUGGUGGAAGUUUGUGAAUCAACCAGGGAGGGCAAAAAUCAAUUGA